AUGACCGCAGCUCAACCGAUGAUGUACGACUCGAUGACCAGCUACAACUUUGACGAGUCGCAGUGGCCCAAUGACGCAGCGUCGAUCACUUCUAAGCGCUAUACUUGGGGGGAAGACACUCGGCGGAGUAGCCCUACUGAUAUGUCCUCCGUCCGCUUCCAGCAAGCGUACCUGUCGUCGGAUCUCAGGACGACCAUUAGUCCUGUGGAUUCACCAGCUUACCAGCCACUCCUCCUGCCCAACGACAACGGCCUCCUUCCAUCCAUCUCGACCAAUGCCCAUGUCCCUCGAGGACUCGGCUACAUCGACUCUUCCCCGUCGACCGACUCUGACGAAGCUCCGGAACCCACUGCUUCAUCCCAGUGGCACAACAGCUAUAACUACCCAUACAAUGGUCGAGCCUCGCCCAACCCCCGCAUGUCCCGCUCCAGCACCAGCUCCCCCGACUGGUCUGGUGGAUUGAAUCUCCAGAUCCCCUUCGACUCGAACUGGAUGAUGCCGCAGAUGGAUAGCGCUGUGACUCCCUACAGCGCGACGCAACAAGCCAUGUCCCUGAACGGACUCAUCUUCCCCAACCGCUUCUCACCCGUCUCCACACCCUCGCCUCCGCCCCUCUACCAAGAAAGUAUCCUCCCAUCACGGACCACGCACUCGUCUCCUCGCGUCAAAAACGAUACGCCAGGAGUCAAGAAGUGCUCCCAUUGCCAAGCCACCUCUACUCCCCUCUGGAGACGCGAUCCCUCGACCUUCAAACCCCUCUGCAAUGCUUGCGGUCUGUACCUCCAACAACGAAACCGACUGCGCCCACAGGAGCUCAUCGACGCUGACACCGACGACGGCAACACCACCGACGACUCCNAUGUGAACUACGUAGGCCCCGAGUGCAGCCACUGUCGAACCCACCACACAUCCGUCUGGAGGAGAAGCAAGACGGGAGCUCAACUCUGCAACGCAUGUGGCGUCUACCUCAGGCUGCCAGGCAAACCCCGUCCCCUCUCCCUAAGGAAAAACAAGAUCAAGCCUCGCUCCAAGCACCCCAAGCAGUGA